CAUGAUUUUCCAAAAUUAAAAAGUUCAUCAGAUAGUUAGUUUUUUAUUUCAUUUUCACUUAAAUUAUCAUCUAUAAAUGGUUUAAUUUUGUGAGAUAAAUGUGUUAAUGAAUCAGUCGGAAGUCCACUUUUUAAUAAAUUGAAAUUUGAUAGAGAUAAUAACAAUGACCAAAGUAAAGUAACCAAUAAUACAAAAUGAAUAUGUAUUAUCAUUGAUUAUUAUAAAUACAAAAUACUAGUAUUAGACAUUAGUUAUUAUUAGCCAUUCGUCGCCACUCAACAGCCCUAUAGGGUACAGAUAAACAACUUGCAGGUUUCAACAGGCGGAAAUGCGUCUUAUCAGUUUAUUAUUUCUUAGUAGGUAAUUAGUUCUGUUGGAUUGAAUCGAGACCACACACUAUAAGUGUGUUUUAUUAAAAAAAUAACCUACCUAUAUCAAUUGAUUUAAUUUUAUUUGAUGUCUAUAUUUAUGUAACAAAUAGGUAUUUUGUAAUUGUAUAUCCAAAGUUUUCUCAUAAGAGUAUACGAUUGUACGAGACUAUUACAAUGUACUAUUAUAAUUUAAAAAAAAAUCUAACAAAAUGGCCAGGCUACCAGGCCAUAGUAUGGUCCAGGCCAUCUGGAAAAUUCCCAUUUCCAGACCGGCCACUCCGCCCCUGGUUAUCACCGAUUUUGAUGAUGAUUAGACACAGACACACGUACGAUAUCUGUGCUAUUUCACUAUAUUUUUAAUAGCCUUCUGUACACCAACUUAUGACAGUAGUAUUGUGUUUUACAGUUAUUGUGUUUUUCUUAAAUAUUGGGAAAAGGAAGUAAUGGCUAGCGAAAAACCAAAACUGUGAUUGUAAAAUAGGUUUUUAAUAAGAUUAAUAUGAAUAUUGAAUAAUGAUGUUUUUUAAUCUAUACGACUUGCACAAUAUUUAUAAAUAUAGCUUUUAAUAAAGAUUAUUAAACAUUAAAAAUUGAGGUGAACGGACUAACCUUUUUCCGGGACCAAAUUUAUUUAAGUUCACGUACGCAACUCGCAGGGUCUGUAAUCCACGUUUCUUAACUUGAACAGAGUAUAGUUUUACUACCUUCUUAUUUAUAAAUAAGGAUUUAGUUAUAAAAUAAAUUAACUAACCUUAAUUCAAAUUAACUUAUCAAAUGCAGACUUAUCAAAUUAACGAAAGAUUAAAAAUUGGUUUAAUAUUGGUUUAUUUAUAAUUUAGUACCCAUAAGACAAGAACACAAUGUAUAAGACAUAUUUGAAAGAAUAUAUUUAUUAUUUAAAGAUACAAAAUACUAUACUGAAUACAUAGAUCGGACCUAAUAAAAUAUAUAUUAUAUUUAUAAUAUAGACAUCUGUGUUUACCUACAAUAUAUAAUUUAUGUAUAUAAUAAAGAUUAUGAUGAUACCACUCUUGUUAUUCAAUAAAUUUAAAAUUAGACUUACACAGUUACACAGAAGUAUGGGUUUUAUAGUUGUGAUCAUUGCGCGAUGGAACGCAUAUGAAGACGUGUGUGUGUUCUCCAUACGGCGAGUUUGGUACGCAAACGUGCUCGAGCACCUCUGCAUUUAAAGACACCAUAGAAGAUAUCCACUUGGCGAAGGAAGAAGCGGUGGAAUGGAUGAAUAACCUGGAUGUGAAGCUAUAGCAUGCUCCUUACAUUAACCAAACGGGGAACCUCUUAUCUAUUUUAUGUUUUAUGUGUUUAUUUAUUUUUGAGUUUUAUCACUGUUGACCAUUAUUUUUAAUUUUAAUUUUAAUUUUAUACAUGCUAUAUCUUUUAAUAUUUUAAGUGUUUUUUUUUAUGUUGCUCAUAGACACUAUACGAAAUAGUAAUAAUAAUAUCCAAUAAAUAUAAAGAGUGACUAUCAUUAUGCAUUACAAUACUUAUAAAUAAAUCAUUGUUUCUUUUAUAAAAUAUUAAAAAAAGCAAUUAUCUUUUCAUAAGUGGUCUAAAGUUUGUUUAAGUAUAAUACAGCGUAGAAGCUUGAGUAUUUCACAGUUUUAUACGAUUCAUGAAAUCGGCCACAUUGUGUUACUUAUACGUUUUGUAGGUGAUUAGUGCUUACGAACAAUUUAACGCUCCAGUAAAUAUUCAAUAUUUCAUAGGUGAGUAACGAGUCAAUUAAUAUUUUAUAGAUAAACUCUGAUGGCAUGCUUAUUUUAAGAAGGUAAAACUCACAAAAAAUACAGUAAAAUACGUUCAAAACUGCAAAAACUAUAAAUUUAAAACGAUUGGAAAACGUUAUUUUCAUUACAACUUCAGAAAGAAAUACUUACGAAAAUUUGCAAAUCAUGAUUUCUGAGAAAAAUCUAUUUUGAAUUUCAAAUCUUAUUUUAUGUUGAUAUUAUUGUAUUAAUUGAAAUUUGAAUUCAAAAAUUAAGUGAGCAAUUUCGAUACUAUACCAAUACCUAAUAUUAAUCAAAACAAACCCGACACGUCCACCGCAUAUAUCAAUUACCUGGUCCUCCAGAUUAUAUUUUCUAGUAAAAUAAUUUAAUAUUGUACCUCAGAAAAUAAUAACUGGAAAAACCAUGUCGAGUUUCGUGAUUGUGUUAAUUGUGUUUUCCGCAUUUUCCACACAAAUCCAGUGGACGCCGGUCGGUGCCGCGAACAUACUGGCGGUGGAGACAGUCUCGGGCAAGAGCCACUGGAACGUUAUGCGAUCCGUGCUGCGGGCUCUAACGGAAAGUGGCCACACGGUGACCGUGUUCACGCCGUUUGUGGACGGUGACCGGGAUGGUUACAUGGAGGUAGAUAUGUCCGAGCAAAUGGUACCGAUUGUCGGAGUUAACGUGACAUACCUGAUGGAAACAUUCGGAAAAAAGCGAUUAUUGUUGUCAUUGAUAGCGAACGUAACUCGGGCGGAUUGCAACAAAAUUCACGAACACCGACUGAUGGUGGACAUCAUGAAUGGAGCGACAGAGCGGAAAUUCGACUUGGUCAUCACCGAACCGUUCAUGUCUGAGUGCGUGGCUUACGUGGCUACUGUGCUCAGCGUGCCUAUGGUUUACGUGGUACCAACGCCCAUCUCCACAUUUCUGGAACGUCCACUGACCGGACACAUCCCAAACCCGGGGGCCAUCAGCCACGUGCUGUCCAGUCGAGGCAUUCCUAGAACGUUCACCGAGCGUUUCGCCAACGCGAUGUUGACGGUGUACUGUACGAUACUCAUAUGGUACGCUGAGCGUCAGCACCAGAUGGACGACCCGCGACCGUACGACGCAGUGGACCUGAUAAAACCAUCGGUGAUUUUAUCCAACACGCACUUCAUCACCGAACCGAGCCGGCCGCUGACGCCAGACGUUGUAGAAAUCGGUGGCAUACAUCUCACUCCUCCUGAGCCGAUACCGAAGGAUAUAUUAGAAUUCAUUGAAGAUGCGCCUCAAGGGGUGAUUUACUUUACGUUCGGUUCCGUUGUUUCCAUGUCGACGUUACCGGAAAACGUACAGAUCGCGUUCCGAGAUGCUCUCGCUAGCGUUCCACAAAAGGUGCUGUGGAAAUACGAAGGUGAAAUGGAGGACAAACCGAAGAAUGUGAUGACGCGGAAAUGGUUUCCACAACGUGACAUCCUCUUGCACCCCAAUGUAAAACUUUUCAUUAGUCAUGGAGGUAUAUCCGGAGUGUAUGAAGCUGUGGACGCAGGUGUUCCCGUAAUAGGAUUUCCAGUUUUCUUCGACCAACCGAGAAAUAUUGACAAUUUGGUUGACGCUGGGAUGGCGAUCUGCAUGGACUUGUUAUCUGUUACUAAAGAAAAGUUUUUGAAUGCCGUUUUGGAGAUCGUCAACAAUGAUCGAUAUCAAAAAAACGCUAAAAUCGUUUCCGAACUGUUCAAAGAUCGACCUAUGUCACCUGCAAAAUCGGUGGUUUACUGGACAGAAUACGUUUUACGUUAUAACGGAGCGGCACAUUUAAAAUCUCAAGCUCUGAAUUUGAAGUGGUAUCAAUAUUUUUUAGUUGAUGUAAUCAGCGCAUUUUUGUUCAUUACGUUUAUCUUUUUUUUCAUAAUUUAUUUUGGCCUAAAAAUGGUUUUUAAAUACAUAUUUAAAUAUUUUUAUAUUGUGAAAGCAAAACGUGAAUAAAAUAAAA